UAAUAACAAUAAUAAUGCAAAGCAAAAACUUUGUUUGUGUGCUUGUGUUUAUGUUAGUUAUUCCUUGGUCCUUACAAGCAACAGUUAGUAUUAAAAAAAAGGAACCUGUUAAGGAUUGUGUGAAAAACAAAGCGGAUUGUCUAAACAGUACAAUACCACUAGUAGCUAUGGCGAAUAUAACUACAACGCCCAAACCUAAAAUGGCAGAGUUUCAAAUAAAUGCGCAGAAAACUAUAAGCAUAAGCAAGGAUGACUUGAACGAUCUAUUGGAUGUUUAUAUGUCCAAGUUGGCGGAAAAUGCAGCUACCAUAAAUGACAAGGAAAACGAAAUAAGUGUGCUGCAAGAACGAGAUAAGACAGAGGAAGAAAUACUACUUAAAUAUCAAGAUUUAAAUACAACUUGCAGUGCGCAGAAUAUAACAUUCGGAAUAAAUUUAAAUGAGAAAGUGUCACAGAUAAAGCAUUUGCAACUGAACGUUAGCAUAUACGAAGCAAGACUAAAGCGCAAGAAUCAUUUGCUGAGCAUAUAUAGAAAGCUGAAUGCUUCCAAUACCUCCACAAUAAUUGAUCUCAAGUCCAAAGUGAAGGACUUGGAGCGCAGACUGCGCGAGCGCAAGGAUGACUUGAUGGCCGACUGGGAGGCAGCAACUAACAGUUGUUUGUCUUAUGGCAAAACUGUGGGCAUACAUCUUAUACAGCUGCCUGAAUUUCGACCAUUUCUGGUGCCCUGCGAGGGACGCACUGCAGCGGGUCCUGGCUGGAUGGUUAUACAAAGACGUUACGACGGCUCUGUAGAUUUUUAUCGCAAUUGGCAAGCGUACCGCCAGGGCUUUGGCAAACUAAAUGCCGAGUUUUUUCUGGGUCUGGAGAAGCUACACAGACUGACAAGCUAUCAGCCGCACGAGCUCUACGUAUCGCUGCGACUCUUCAAUGGCACCACGCGAUUUGCGUUCUACGAUGAUUUCCUUAUCGGCAGCGAGUCGGAGGGCUAUGUAUUGAAAUUGUUGGGCACUUAUCACGGCGAUGCCAGCGAUGCAAUGAGAACGCAUGACAAAAUGAAAUUCUCCACAUACGACAGGGAUCAUGACGAGUUCACUCAUAUGAAUUGCGCUGAAUAUCAUCAUGGUGCUUGGUGGUAUGACUUUUGCUCACGCAGCAAUCUGAAUGGAAAAUAUUUCAAGGCAGGCACGGACAGUGAACAGAGCAUCUUCUGGGAUCGCUGGUACAGCUUCAAUUCAUUAAAGUCGGUACAAAUGCUUAUAAGACCGAAGAGCGCCGCAUAAAUUAAUCAUAAAUUUAUACUCGCUCAUAUACACAAUUGCCUAAAAGAUGCCUGUCAAUUAAUUUUAAUAAAAAUGUUUCCAAACAUUUAUAAAUUGAAAAAGAUGUGUCAAGCUUGUCGGCGUCUUGAAUCAUUAAGCGAUAAGCUCUUGAAAUACAAAACAGUUUAUUUUUAUCGCUAUUAUUUAUAAGCUGGGACAUAAAUAGUUGAGUGGCAAUCUGUAGAGCUCAUCUGGAAUGUAGACUACAAUGUAGAUAAAUUAAUGAAAUGAAAAAUUUGGGGAAAUCAGUUAAAGUGGCAAAAGAAAUCUAAAAUUUUGACCCAUUACAUUUUAAUGAUCUAUAAUCUUUUUCAAUUUAUAAGUUUUGAAGCUCGUACAAGUGCUGGAGCAAUAAAUAAAAGCAAAUCGUAAUCCUCAUAAAUUAGUUUCCAGUGUAGUGCAGGAAACUUGCAUAAAUUAGUCACAAAUAUUUGGUAACAAUAAAGAUUGUAAAAUAAACAUAAAGC